AUGAUCGCUAUCGCUGGGACACUAGGGACUGGAUUGUUUUUGGGAACUGGGAGCAGUCUCAUUAACGGUGGACCGGUGGGGAUGUGGCUAGGUUAUACUUUCAUGGGAUUGUUAGUCGGUUCUAUGAUGAUGUGUCUCGGUGAGAUGAUGUGCUUUGCGCCGAACGUUGGAGGGUUCAUCGCCAUGGGUACCCAAUACAUCGACCCAGCCGCUGGAUUCAUGCUUGGUAUUUCUUGCGUCAUUGGUACUGGUCUCACUGUCGCUUCGGAGCCUACUGCUAUCGGAAUCUUGGCUACCUUCUGGGAUAAGAACACAUCACAUGUGUAUAUCUACUUGAUUGCCACACUGGCGCUCAUGAUCAUCAUGAACAUUGUUGGAGUCAAGUAUUUUGGAGAGAUUGAAUUCGCAUUUGCCAUCCUCAAGAUCGCUCUCAUCAUCGGCCUCAUUAUCUUCGGCCUGAUCGCCGAUCUAGGUGGUAUCCCUCCCAAGCACGAGUACAUCGGCGGCAGAUACUGGCGUGAUGAGCCAUUCAACGAUUCCUUUCUCGACUUGACUCCCGUGUCCAAAGCUCGCUUCAUUGGGUUCUGGUCCGUAUUCACUUCAGCGGCCUUUAGCUAUGCCGGUAUUGAAACUCUGGCGAUUUUAGCCGGAGAGGCUUACAACCCCAGAAAGACUAUGCUGGUUGCCGUUCGGACUGUCUUCUAUCGUAUCGUCGGCAUCUACGUCCUCAGUACCCUCAUCAUCGGCCUCGUCAUCAGCCAACACUCUGAGGAUCUCACAAACGGCGUGAAUGAUGGUGACGGGACGGCGGCCGCUUCGCCAUUCGUGAUAGUCUGCAAACAGAUGGGUGUCAAGGCUCUUCCCUCUAUCGUCAACGCUGUGGUCAUCACUUCCGCACUCUCGGCAGGCAACGAAAACUUUUAUGGAUGCUCGAGAGCGCUCAUGUCGCUUGCCCGACAAGGUUCAUUACCAAAAUUCUUCCUGCGCACCACCGAAAAUGGUAUCCCCUACUUUGGGGUUCUUGUAGCUACAGCUUUCGGCCUCUUGUGCUUCUUGAGCGUCUCCAAUGGUUCCAAUCAGGCAUUCACCUGGCUUAGUAACCUCACCGCUCUCAAUGGUCUUAUCACCUGGAUCACGAUAUGUGCAGCAUAUGUUCGCUUUUACCAUGCUAUGAAGGCUCAAGGGAUCGACAGGAAGAAACUACCCUUUGUUGGAUGGUUCCAGCCCUACCUCGCCUACGUGUGCAUCUUCUUCUUCACCACCAUCCUCAUCUUCAGCGGUUUCUCAGUCUUCAUCGGGGGCUUUGACUCUGUCAACUUUGUCGCGAGCUAUAUCACGAUCCCGUUCAUGACCCUGGUGUACGUCGGAUAUAAAUUCUGGCGCAGGACCAAAUACAUCCCGCUGGACGAGGUAGAUCUGAGUAUCGGGCCGGCAGAAGCUCUUCGGGGCACUCGAUAUGAUCUGCUCAGUCACGGACAGACUUUCGUUCAUGCUGAGGAGGAUGAGAAGAAAUAUUGA